AGUAAACACUGUCAUCGGCAUGCACAUAUCGAUUUUUAGCUCAGCAGUACAACAGCAUGGCCAGAAAAGGAGCUGCAUGGCUAUGUGCCUGUCUUGCGUUGUUCUUGGGAUAUAUAUAUGCCGAAGACGACGGACUGGAGUGUUUCGAGUGUGCUGACGUGAUGGACCCCUCGGAUUGUAACUUCACAACAACGCUGUGCAAUAUGGACAGUAUGUGUUCGGUAUACCAGACCCAAUUGGGACCAAGAGAUGAAAUGAGAUAUGUGGCUGGAUGCUCAUCAAAAAAGCUCUGCAGCACUAUUGUAGGAAUGUCGGGAAAUAAUAUGUGCUACGAGUGCUGUGACACCCCAAGGUGUAACAAUCGGCUAUGUGCAAGGACAACAACACAAACAACGCCAACAAGUACACAAACAACAACAAUAAAAACAACACCAGCACCGACGACUCAUGCCUCGCAUCACUUUACUCACAGACCUGUUGUUGCUAUGACACCUCAUAUGUCAUACCACGUUGGAAGUUCGUUUUCGAUAUCCUGUAGAUUCGCAGGAAGCCCUACACCAACUACACGCUGGUAUUUUAAUGGGCAUACCACACUACCGUCAGACGCUCACGUCACGCACCACGGCGGGACGACCUACCUUAGAAUAUCAAACAGCAAAGUGGAUGAUGCUGGUAUUUACAAGUGUGCGGUUAUGAACACCGUAGGCACUGCGUCCGCAACAACUGAACUUAUUAUCACUGGAGAUAAACCAACAUUCAUUGAAAGACCGCCUGCGCAUCUUGACAUGAUUACCGGCACUGGCGACUACAGCGCCACCUGUCGAGCGAGUGGAUCGCCAUCGCCAACAAUACACUGGCUAUUUAAUUUCCCACAUUCCAUGGAAGCGCUGUCAUCGAUACACACAAAUCACGCGCAGACAACCUUACACAUAACUAACCCUCCAAUGGACUUGUCUGGGGGUUACAUCACAUGCUCCUAUGAAAAUCACUACGGAACAAUUUCGACGAAUGUGACGCUAACUGUUCAUCAAACAACAACGACGCCAUCGACGACAACCAAACAACCCACCACCCUACCUGUCGGUCACGUGCAUACGUCACCUGUUCCACUGACAAUAUCACUUCCGGCAAGUUUAAACAUACAGAUCGGAAGUGAUGUAAUUAUUCCGUGCAAUGCUACCGGAAGUCCAACUCCUCAUAUCACAUGGUCUCAAAUUGCGGGUAAAUUUCCGAGCAAUGUCUUCCAAAAUGGAAAUUCGCUGUAUAUCUCGACCGCCUCUCCCACAAAUAGUCGAAUAUACAUGUGUACUGCUGAGAACUCCAACGGCAAUGCUUUAAAACUGAUCAGAUUGAACGUACAAGGAGUUUCUCCAUCUAUAACCGAAAGACCAGUUGGAGGAAAUGUAACUCACGGAGAAAGUGUCCAUAUGGUGUGUACGGCCUCUGGAAACCCGACUCCAACCAUUUCAUGGAGCUGGAAAUCGAAAGCAAACGGCGUUGCAAUUGAUGAAGCCAGUCUAAAAUUCAUCCCCGGCGUGUCCCUGCACGAUUCCCACCUGACAAUAGACAACGCCUUCGAGUUACACAGUGGUACAUACGCUUGUACCGCUUCAAACGCAUACGGUACCGUCACUACGGACGCUACUCUCAAUGUGCUCACUGCGCAUGUUCAUGUUGCACCACACAUAUUGGUUUCACCAUUACUCACUUCCACUUUGUACGGAAAUGACGUCACGAUUCAGUUUAACGCCACAGGGUAUCCAAAGCCUAGCAUUUCCUGUUUGUAUAACAAAGCAGCACUACCUCGAAAUGUGCUCAUGACAGAAACUCAAAUAAUAGUCACUGCAGCGACAAAUGAAAACAGCGGCAAAUACCUUUGUAACGCACAUAACAUAGACGGAAGUGAUACGGUUGAAUUUCAAAUUACAGUGGUUGGAAUGAGUCCGUCCUUCAUAACGAAGCCUGUUACCAAAACUGUGCUGUUCGGAACACACUCGAGCUUGACCUGUACCGCAACAGGUGUACCGACUCCAAACAUCUACUGGGAUUACAGAUCGGUUAGUGGUGGUACCAGCUUCCCUGUCGGUACCACAAGAAGUUCCGAUAAUACCACCCUGGCCAUCAAAUCUACCCAGGAAGGCGGAACUUUCCUUUGUCAUGCACAAAAUGUGUAUGGAAAGGCAACAUCGCAAGCGUCGAUAUACGUCAAAACGGGGUCAUUGAUCGGUUGAGGAAGACCAAACACAAAGCCAUAUUUGGAGUGUAUUAUGAUAUGAAGUAAAAUAAAAUAAAAUAAUGUC